UAACUGUCAGUUUCGGUCGGCCCGGUGGAUAGAGAUAUUGGGUGACUGCUGGCUGGUUGCACGUACCUUCCGCAGCGGCAGUCCUUGCGCCGCCGUUCCGUCGUCCCGUGUGCGUGUGUGUUGUGGCCUCUUCAGCCCUCUAUUGCGGUUUUGACUUUUUUCCAUUUGCAUAUAUCGAUUUUGUGUGCGCGGAUCCAGUGGUGCGCGAGUGGCGGAGCAGCGAAAAAGUUGUGGCACGGUGAAUUUUAGAAAGUUUGCUUUUCUUCGGGUACGACGGAUUCGAAAACGGGACAUUUUUUUGGUGAAUUGGGGGUACGUUUUUUCGAUAGGGGAUGACCGAGUUGAAGGAAAACGGCCACGCCUUGCACAAUGGCACCGUGGUGAAGAAUGGCCACCACGUCCCGCUCCGGUCCCGGUUCCCGGAGUUUCAACAAACCAAUGGCACCACUAAGAACAUCUCGAAUGGCUUCAGCAAACAUCAGCCUGAAUCGCUGCCUCAGAUGAUGUACGAUGAUUACGGGAGUGAACCCGAGCCCCAGAAGUCGUCGUACGAGCAGGUGCCACUCCACACCGCCUGUUUCACCUACCUGGGCUUCUAUCUGCUCAUGAUACUCGGUUACAUAAAUCAGUUGUUCUUCACCCCCAAAGUGGCAACCGAAAAGCACCGGGACGGAUACGUGCCACUGUAUGAUGCAUUUGAAAAGUUCUAUCUACGGUACGUCUAUCGGCGGGUGAAGGAUUGCUGGAAUAGACCGAUCUGCAGCGUUCCUGGCUCGGAGGUGACACUCAAGGACAGAAUCACCAAAGACUACGGUUGGUCGUUCGAGUUCACCGGUACCGAGACCAGAUGUCUGAACCUGGGCUCGUACAACUAUCUCGGCUUUGCCCAGAACGAAGGCCCAUGUGCAGACGAAGCCGAGGAAUCCAUCAAAGCCUAUGGACUGGCGGCCUGCAGCUCACGGCGGGAAAUCGGUACCAACCCACUGCACGUCGAGCUCGAGCAGCUGACGGCCCGAUUCCUCGGCGUUGAGGAUGCCAUUGUGUUCGGUAUGGGCUUCGCCACCAACUCGCUCAACAUUCCCACGCUGAUCUCGCCCGGCUGCCUGGUGGUCAGCGACGAGAAGAACCACGCUUCGAUCAUUCUCGGCCUCCGGCUGUCCGGGGCGGUCACAAAAGUGUUCAACCACAACAGUAUGAAGGACCUGGAACGCGUCCUGCAGGAGUCGAUUGCGGCCGGUCAGCCCAAGACUGGCAAACCCUGGAAGAAGAUCCUGAUCAUCGUCGAGGGUGUGUUCAGCAUGGAGGGAUCGAUCGUCAAACUGCCGGAGAUUGUUGCACUGAAGAAAAAGUACAAAGCUUACAUUUACCUGGACGAGGCGCACAGCAUUGGAGCUACGGGGCCCUCGGGCCGAGGUGUCCUCGAUUUCUACGGCGUCGAUCCCAACGACAUCGACAUUCUGAUGGGAACAUUCACCAAAAGUUUCGGUUCCGCCGGCGGGUACAUCGCUGGUAGCAAAAAAUUGAUCAACUUCCUGCGAGUUCACAGCCACGCACACUGCUACGCUAGUUCAAUGUCUCCACCCGUCACGCAGCAGAUUCUCACCUCUAUGAAGAUUAUCAUGGGACUGGACGGCACCAACGAGGGCAGCAAGCGCAUCGAUCAGCUAGCCCGAAAUACCAGAUAUUUCAGAAAGCGACUGGCACAGAUCGGUGUCAUCACGUACGGCCACGAGGAUUCGCCCGUCGUUCCGAUGUUGGUGUAUCUUUUCUCCAAAAUUGGUGCCGUCGUCCGUACGCUAACAUCGAGUAACAUUGCCGUCGUGGGCGUUGGAUUCCCCGCUACGCCCAUCAUGGAGGGCCGGAUCCGGUUCUGCUUGUCGGCGGCACACACCAAAGAACAGCUAGACUACGCCCUGUCGGUGAUUGACGAAAUCAGCGACACCCUUGGACUCAAGUAUUCGCGGAAACCGCGCGAUACGCGGACAAUAGAGUACUAGUGUUAUUGUUUGUUUGCCCGCCUGAGACAAACGGCGAUGAAUGAAGUGAGGAUUGAAUCACACAAACUCCGACACAGAGACACACAAACACACAAACACGCAUGCAUCCAUAAACUUAAACACUAAGAUAGAGAGAGAAAAAAAGCAAAAGUAUGCCUUAUUAUGGUUAGACGAGAAACUGAACAAAUCCACAUUUUAGCGUCGACUAUGCUGCCGCAAUUAUUUGAGGGAAUUGCAUUCAUUGUGUAUUAUUAUUAUUUAUGAAAGUGUUUUUUUUAAUUGUGGUACUUUUUGUUAAAAGUUAUUUCCCGUUACAUUCAAUAACAUUUAUUGUAAGAUGCAUUAAAGUUGAAAUUGUGAAACAAUACAAAAUGCUACCAGCUUUGUAAUAAUAGUGAAA